AUGCUGAAGAAGAACACGGGUAUAGCUAAGUGGUUUACAUUGCAAUGGUUCUCUUGUUGCCAGCUACUAGAUGCUGCGUCAAGUAUAGAGAGGAUUUAUAAUGGACUAGCAUACCAAUUGACCAAUGAUGUUCUCGAUUUCACCGGCACACCAGCAAUUUUGUCAAGAAACCUUACUUUUAACUCUAGUUCAGGCUCCAACUUUGAUGGCCGUUUUGUUGAAAAGGAUGACUUUGUUGAGAGUACUGAUGGUUAUGACAAAGAUUCUGGAGAUUUGAGUUUCUUUGGUAGUCAUCAUGGUGACAUUAAAAAGAAUAAAAAAUCUAAAUUUGAUAGAUUUGAUAAGGUUGAGGAUUCUGAUGAAGAAUUAGAAGAUGGGGAGCAUGAUAGUGAUUGUGAUGAUACUUUCACAGUUUUGGAUUCUUUUGAUAAAAACUGUUUAAAUAAAGAUGAUAUUAGGAGAGUUGAAGUGGAGGAAGAUGAACUUAGACACCCUUUAGUGAGAGAAGUUUGUAGGUUGAUUGAACUUAGGUCAGCUUGGAGCCCAAAGCAUGAAGAGGAAUUGAGACACCUGUUACGAAGCCUCAAGUCUUGGCAGGUUUGUGCUGUUUUGCGCUCUCAGGCUGAUGAACGUGUUGCUUUGAAGUUUUUCUACUGGGCUGAUAGGCAAUGGCGAUAUCGGCAUGAUACAAUAGUGUAUUAUGUGAUUCUUGAGGUUCUCAGUAAGACAAAAUUGUGUCAGGGUGCUAAGCGGGUUCUUCGGCUUAUGGCACGUAGGGGAAUUAACUGUCGGCCUGAAGCAUUUAGUUAUGUAAUGGUGGCUUACAGUCGGGCAGGCAAGUUGAGAAAUGCAAUGCAGAUAUUGACUAUGAUGCAAAAGGCUGGAGUUAAACCUGACUUAUUGAUAUGUAACACUGCAGUUCAUGUUUUGGUGGUGGGAAAUAAGUUGGAGAAGGCAUUGAGGUUUGUGAAAAGGAUGCAACUUGUUGGCAUUACACCUAAUGUUGUUACUUAUAACAGUUUGAUCAAGGGAUAUUGUGAUUUACAAUGCAUUGAGGAUGCCAUGGAGCUGAUCACUGAAAUGCCAUUUAAAGGAUGUUCUCCAGAUAAAGUUAGUUACUUUACUGUAAUGGGUUUUCUAUGCAAGGAGAAAAGAAUUAAAGAAGUGAGGGACUUAAUGGAGAAGAUGGUGAAUGAUAGUAAUUUGUUACAUGAUCAGGUUACUUAUGGUACUCUUAUCCAUAUGCUCUCAAAGCAUGGCCAUGGUGAUGAGGCUCUUGAAUUUCUGAAGGAGGCUGAAGAUAAGGGAUUUCACGUUGAUAAAGUAGCAUAUAGUGCAAUUAUUCACUCCUUUUGUAAGGACGGAAGAAUCAAGGAGGCAAAAGAACUGGUAAAUCAAAUGUUUCAGAAAGGUUGUAUUCCUGAUGUAGUUACUUACACUACUGUUGUUAAUGGAUUUUGUCGGUUGGGAAAAUUGGACUUAGCUAAAAAGAUGCUUCAGCAGAUGUACAAGCAUGGCUGCAAACCAAACACUGUGUCACAUACUGCCUUGUUAAAUGGGCUUUGUCAUAAUGGAAGAUCAUUAGAGGCUAGAGAGAUGAUUGACAUGUGUGAGGAAGAGUGGUGGACUCCUAAUGCCAUCACUUAUAGUGUUGUGAUGCAUGGGCUGCGGAGGGAAAGAAAAUUAUCAGAGGCUUGUGAUGUGGUGAGGGAGAUGAUUAAAAAGGGCUUUUUUCCAACACCAGUUGAAAUUAACUUAUUAAUUCAGUCUCUUUGUCAAGAUGGAAAAAUCAAUGAGGCUAAAAAGUUCAUGGAGGAGUGCUUAAACAAGGGAUGUGCUGUUAAUGUUGUGAACUUUACUACUGUGAUCCAUGGAUUUUGUCAGAAAGAUGACUUGGAUGCUGCUCUUUCAUUGCUUGAUGACAUGUAUUUGAGCAACAAACACCCUGAUGUAGUCACUUAUACGACGAUAAUUGAUGCUUUGGGGAAAAAAGGUAGAAUAGAAGAGGCAACCGAACUUAGUAACCGAAUGCUUCAAAAAGGUUUGGUUCCUACAGCUGUUACAUACAGGACAAUUAUCCAUCGAUAUUGUCAGAUGGGUAGAGUGGAAGAUUUGUUAGGCUUGCUAGAGAAGAUGCUUUCAAGACAGAAGUGUAGAACAGCUUAUAAUCAAGUUAUUGAGAAGCUAUGUAGUUUUGGAAACUUGGAAGAGGCUGAAAAACUCUUGAGUAAGGUCUUGAGAACUGCUUCAAAAGUUGAUGCUAGCACAUGCCAUGUGCUUAUGGAAAGUUAUUUGAGGAAAGGGAUUCCUCUGUCUGCAUAUAAAGUAGCUUGUCGUAUGUUUAAUCGGAAUCUGAUCCCUGAUUUGAAGUUAUGUGAGAAGGUGAGCAAGAGACUAGUCUUUGAAGGAAAAUCAGAGGAGGCAGAUAACCUUAUGCUACGAUUUGUUGAGCGUGGAAAAAUUCAACCUCAGAACCAAGAGCACUAGCAAAGCUAGAGCCUAAAGGAUUCUUUUAAACUUGGUAUUCCAGAUGGAUUUGGUUCCAUUUCCCUUUCCCUUUUUCUCUGGUGCUAUCUAAAACUAUUUUGCCCAAGCAACUUUGCUUAGAUUUAAAGAUGGGAGCAAGCAUGUCUUGAGUUUGAGAACCCACAUGGAUUUGACCCUCCAAACGGUGGAUCAGCUUAUGGAGCUCAGUUUAAUGCAAUUCCAAGAACCAAGGGAAAGCUCGGUUGAUGACAACAAAGAAAUUAACUAGCUGGUACAUAGCCAGUAGCUCACCCUCACAUUCACAAGCUACCCUUUCUUUAUUCUAUACACGGUGUUGAUAUUAAUAUUUGUUUAAUUAUGAUUAAAUAUGGUUUUGGUUUUUGUGUAGAUGAUGGUUUAUUUCACAGCUCCUUGGUGUGUACCAACCUUGUAAAUUCUUGGAACCGUAUAUUAAUGAAAUAGCUUCCAAGUAUUCAGACAUUGCUGGAGGAGCAGUAUCUAAAAUUGUCUGAAAUAAAAUUUAAAACUUGGAAAAUGUAAGUUGAGCUGGAGGAAUUCAAGACAGAAGCUACUCACUUAGAGAAUCAGCAAGCAACUAUAAGAAGAUUUGAACAGCGCAAUCACCAGUUAGAGCAAAAGGAAAGACUUUCUCGUUGGUGGUCCAGAAAUAGGCCAGUCUCAAAAAAAUUUUAUGGGUUACGCACUGCAAAAUUCAUGUCAUACCCAAUGUUAUGAAUGGCUGCAGAAGGCAUGAGCUAUGAGAAGUCAGAACUUCCUUUAAUGGCAGAUUUUGCAAUCACUGAUUGGAUUGCCACUCGGUCUGGUAUAGGCAAGUUUUGUUUUUUCUUGUGUAAAUUCACAUACUGAUAUUAU